UCAUCUCCCUGGAUUGCGGCACAUACUGGGCUUAUACCAGUCGAUCUUCCCCUCUGGAACAUAGACAACCACGACUCACACCACCUUCUCUGCUGAGAAUCAAAUCACAUACACACCACAACCAUGCCUUCAUUAACAAAGAGAUACUAUUGCGUCGACUAUGACGAUGGAUCGAGGACUUGCUAUAACGAUGAUAGCUUUUGGUACACAGACAAAGGCAUCAUCGUUAAAUGGAUAAUCCUCGCAUCCUUCUUCCUCAUAUUCUUCGGUUGGUUUGUAGGAGGCCGCAUCCACGCAAAGCAACGUCUGAGGAAGGGCUUACCAUUACUCUCAUACCACCGCUUCCUCAUAUCCUACUCUGAACGCCGCCGCCAUGGUCAGGUCCCCCAGAACCACUUUACCUUCUACCAAACGCAAAACCCCUACGCACCUAACGCACCCAACCCACAAUACACACAGCGACAGGACGGCACAUGGGCGGAACCCCCGCCACUAUAUCAGAACACCGAUGCACCACCCCAAUACUUUGCGCCCCCUCCUCCCGGCGCCACAAAGAUGAACCCGAACCAAGGAGCUCAGGGUAUGGAGAUGCCGGUAUACGGUGCCCCACCACAGGGAGUACCACAGCAAGCCGGACCUCAACAGAGCGGCGUUGUAGGUUCCGAUGUUGAGCAAGGUCAAUCACAGGAACUGCCACCUAGGCCAGCAAAAGCCAAGAUCAUGGGUGUUUUGGACCGUUUCAGACGGUAGAUAGGAUACGCACAAACAAAACAGCUGCAAAAGGCGGAUAAAUAAGAUCGUGACUGGAUCACGUUGAUUGCAUUUAUUUAUG